AUGUUCCUCUUCCUUUUAGUUGCAUCAAUAUUCGCUCUCGGAUCAUCAACUAAUAGCGUCCCUACACGUUCCCCAUAUCCAACAGCAAAGUCAGGUUCUCCAAGUUUAGCACUUGUUUGCUUCUCAGUAUUUGGAGCUAUAUUAUUCAUUGUUAUCUCGGUUCUCUUCCUUUGCUUUAAGAAGAGUGAUGACAACAUCCCAGAAAAAAUGUCUCAGCCAUUAAUUCAAAAUGAAAAUACCCAAAAUAAUAACUAA